AUGAAAAUAACAUAUGAAAUUGAUGGGAUAAAAUGUAAUGAAUAUGAUGAAGAAGAUCCAAUUCUUUCGAAAAAUAUUGCUGAAGAUUUGAUAAAUCAUGUAAAAAACUUUAACCUACCUGAUAUAGAGACUAAACUUGAGGUCAGUCACCUAAUUGAAGAUGAUCAAAUUGAAAAAUUCAUCAAUUUGAUAGAUGAAAAUAUUGGAAAUUUAUAUGAAUUACACAAGGGUGAAGAUUGGAAAGAGGAAAAAGAGGUUGAAUUAACUGAACCGGGAUUAAUUUUUGCUUGGUUUGAACAAGAGAAUGAUUUGGUAGGUUAUUUAUGUUUUAAAUUAUGUUUUGAUGAUGAUGAGAAUUUGGUAUUAUAUUUAUAUGAGAUACAUGUGAGUAAGACAUAUCAGGGUAAUGGCUUAGGCAAGUUACUAAUUUGUCAAUUUCAUGAGUUGGUCAAGAAUUUAAAGAAUAGUGAUAAUACAUUAUAUCAACAAAUUUAUGGUUCUUCAUUAACUGUAUUUUCAGAUAAUUUACGUGCAUUAAAUUGGUAUAAAUCCUUAGAUUAUAAACUAAUUACUAAUUCACCAGUUGAUAAAACUUUAAGAAAUGGUAAAAUUAUAAAACCACAGUAUUAUUUAAUGACUAAGCCAAUAUAG